AUGUCAGCACCAGGAGCCGAUCUGCAAGAGCGCAUCGCCGCCGCUCGUCGUGAAGCAGAUGGCCUCAAGGAAAAGAUCCGGGCCAAAAAGGAUCAGAUGGCGGAUACCAGUCUUCGCGCAAUGGCCAACGACAUCGAACCCUUGCCAAGAAUCGUCAUGAAGCCGCGAAGGACGCUCAAAGGCCACCUCGCCAAGAUCUACGCCAUGCACUGGGCCAAUGACAAGCGUCACCUCGUCUCGGCCUCCCAGGACGGAAAGCUCAUCGUCUGGGACGCCUACACCACCAACAAGGUCCACGCCAUCCCCUUGCGCUCGUCGUGGGUCAUGACCUGCGCCUACGCUCCCUCGGGCAACUCGGUCGCCUGCGGUGGUCUCGACAACAUCUGCAGCAUCUACUCCCUCCGCGGCCGCGACCCCAACAACAUCAAGGUCGGCAGAGAGCUUUCGGCGCAUACCGGCUACCUCAGCUGCUGUCGCUUCCUCAACGACCAACAGAUCCUCACCUCGUCAGGAGACAUGAGCUGCAUCCUCUGGGACAUUGACUCGGGCACACGCAUCACCGAGUUCAAUGACCACACCGGUGAUGUCAUGAGCAUCUCGCUCAGCUCCAAUCCCAACGUCUUUGUCUCGGGUGCCUGCGACGCCGUAGCCAAGGUGUGGGACAUUCGAAGCGGCAAGGCCGUUCAGACGUUUGCCGGCCACGAGAGCGAUAUCAACGCCGUCCAGUUCUUCCCCAACGGCGAUGCCUUCGCCACCGGUUCCGACGACGCCUCGUGCCGUCUGUUCGACCUCCGAGCGGACCGCGAACUCAACACAUACACCCACGACAACAUCCUCUGCGGUAUCACCUCCGUUGGCUUCUCCGUAUCUGGCCGUAUCCUCUUUGCUGGUUACGACGACUACACCUGCAACGUCUGGGAUACGCUCAAAGGCGAGCGUGUCGGUGUGCUUGCCGCCCACGAGAACCGCGUUUCGUGCCUCGGUGUCAGCGCAGAUGGUAUGGCGCUCUGCACCGGCAGUUGGGACUCGCGUCUGCUCAUCUGGGCUUGA